AUGCUGGCAUCUUCCAGUUCUGGGCUCUGUGGCUCCUAUGAAGACUUGCAGCGUGGACAAGUAUCUGAUGCCUUGUUAGAUUUCACCGGUGGGGUGACAGUCACCAUCAACCUGGCAGAAGCCCCUGGAAACCUCUGGGACAUCCUAACCCGGGCCACCUAUAGCAAAACGCUUAUCGGCUGCCAGACCCAUGAAGGGAGCGAGAGGGUGCUGGAGAACGGACUGGUGGACGGCCAUGCCUAUACGCUCAUAAGGAUCUGGAAGGUGACCUGCAACCAUGCACCUGAAUAUCUCGUCAAGCUGCGGAACCCUUGGGGGAAGGUGGAAUGGAAAGGAGACUGGAGUGACAGCUCAAGUACAUGGGACCUCCUGAGCCCCAAGGAGAAGAUUGUGCUGCUGAGAAAAGAUAAUGAUGGAGAAUUUUGGAUGACGCUUAAGGACUUUAAAACACAUUUCAAGCUUCUGGUCAUCUGUAAACUGACCCCGGGCCUGAUGAGUCAUGAGGUGGGCCAGAAGUGGUCAUGCACCAUGCAGGAGGGGCGAUGGGAGAAGGGGACCACGGCUGGCGGCCCCGUGAACUUGCACCACGACACAUUUUGGAAGAACCCGCAGUUCCUGCUGUCUGUCUGGAGGCCAAAGGAGAGCAGGGCGUUCCUGAUGCCCUGCAGCGUGCUGGUGUCCCUGAUCCAGAAGCCCAGGCACAGGCACCGCAACCGGAAGCCCCUCCUUGCCAUCGGCUUCUACGUCUUCAGGAUGAACCAGAUCUAUGAUGACCACAAGAAAUUGCCCCAUGAGUUCUUCUUGACAAAUCACCCCCUGAGCCUUCCUGAGGCAUUUCUCCAAGAAAAAGAAGUGAGUCGGGAGCUGUGGCUGGAGCCAGGAACAUAUCUCAUCAUGCCCUGCACAUCGGAGGCUGGCCAGGAGUCAGAGUUCAUCCUCAGAGUCUUCUCCAGAAAGCACUUCUUCCAUGAAAUUGGCCAUAACCACAAAGCUGUCUUCUCUAAGGAAAUAGUAGACCAGACUGAAGGGCAUGAGGAAUUCUUCAAAUUCUUUGAAAAGAAUCCAGAAAUAAAUGCCGCUCAGCUGCAGAAGAUCCUGAACGACCUGACCUGGUCAGGUCUGGGGAGCACACAGCCCCUCUUCAGCCUCGAUGCCUGCCAGGGGAUCCUGGCUCUACUGGACCUUAAUGCGUCAGGUACUGUGAGCAUCCAGGAAUUCAGGGACCUGUGGAAGCAGCUGAUUCGCUAUCAGGCGAUUUUCCACAAGCAUGACAGUAACAGGUCAGGAUGCCUGAACUGGGCACAGCUGCGGGCUGCCAUGAGGAAUCUAGGAGUCGUGCUCAGCGAUGACGUCUACCAGCUGAUGCUUAUCCGCUAUGGUGGCCCCAAACUCCAGAUGGACUUCGUCAACUUUGUCCACUUGAUGCUGCGUGUGGAGAAGAUGGAGAGUGUCUUCCAAAACUUAACCCAAGAUGGCAAAGGGAUAUACCUCCAGAAGCCAGAGUGGCUGCUGAUGAUUAUGUACUCCUGA